UGUUGCUUCUCCUCCGUCGCUUUGACGUGGACGAGUCUGAGCAGCGUUACUCAAACUAAAUCAAACUUCUCCACGUUCUCAUCUUUCUUUUUAUUCCCUCGUCGUCUUCUCAGAGUUUCCUCCGCAGGAACCAGCCGCUUCAGCAGCUUCCACCCGGUUUACUCUCGGCUGCGGUCCGCUUGUUGUUGUUGUCGUCGUCGUCUCUGGAGGGUCAAGCGGGUCUCCAGGUGAAAACCAGCCCGCCUUUGAGAUGCUUUCCCCGGGCAGGGCCGUCUCCUCCCGGCUGCUCAGGCCGGCCGCCUGGUUCCCUCUGCGGCUGGGCUCUGAGGGGAGAGCCGCCAGCUCUCUGCAGAAAGAGAUGAUAAAGAAACAUGAACUGGAGAAAGAUGAGCUCCGCCCCCUCUACAUGGAUUUCCAGGCCACCACUCCCAUGGACCCCCGGGUGUUGGACGCCAUGUUGCCCUACCAGGUGAAUUACUACGGUAACCCUCAUUCCAGGACACACGCCUAUGGCUGGGAGAGCGAGAGCGCCAUGGAGGUUGCCAGGAAGCAGGUAGCUGACCUGAUUGGUGCUGAUCCCAGAGAGAUCGUCUUCACCAGUGGAGCCACAGAGUCCAACAACAUGGCGAUCAAGGGUGUGGCCAGGUUCUACCAGGCCAAGAAGCGUCACGUGAUCACCACACAGACAGAACACAAAUGUGUCCUGGACUCUUGUCGAGUUCUGGAAUCAGAGGGAUUCAGCAUCACUUACCUGCCAGUCCAGCAGAACGGACUGCUGGACCUGGAGCUGCUUGAGGCCUCCAUUCGUCCUGACACAUGUCUGGUGUCGGUGAUGACUGUCAACAACGAGAUUGGAGUCAAGCAGCCUAUCAAGGAAAUCGGUCAGAUGUGUCGCUCUAGAGGAGUCUUCCUUCACACCGAUGCUGCUCAGGCUGUCGGAAAGAUUCCCGUCAACGUCAUCGACUGGAAGAUUGACUUGAUGUCCAUCAGUGGUCACAAGAUCUACGGACCCAAAGGUGUGGGGGCUUUGUAUGUGCGUCGCCGGCCUAGGGUGCGUCUGGAGCCGCUGCAGAACGGGGGCGGGCAGGAGAGGGGGCUGCGCUCCGGUACUGUCCCCACCCCACUGGCUGUCGGGCUGGGAGCUGCCUGCAGCAUUGCCCAGCAGGAGAUGGAGUAUGAUCAUCACAGAGUGUCCAUGUUGGCUAAUCGUCUGGUCCAGAAGAUCCAGUCUGCCACACCUGACGUUAUAAUGAACGGAGAUUCACAGCAACGUUACCCAGGCUGUGUCAACCUGUCCUUUGCCUAUGUGGAGGGAGAGAGUCUGUUGAUGGCUCUGAAGGAUAUCGCUCUGUCAUCUGGCAGUGCAUGUACGUCAGCAUCUCUGGAGCCCUCAUACGUCCUCAGAGCAAUCGGAGCAGAUGAAGACUUGGCUCAUUCUUCCAUCAGGUUUGGUAUUGGCAGGUUCACCACAGAAGAAGAAAUCGACUACACGGCAGAGAAAUGUAUCCAACAGGUCACUAGACUCCGAGAGAUGAGUCCUCUGUGGGAGAUGGUUCAGGAAGGCAUCGACCUGAAGAGCAUCAAGUGGACGCAGCACUAGACUCCUCCCACUACUAUUUCCCUGCCUAGCUGCUGACAACAAUGAUAGCAGUGGUUAUGAUGGUUCCCAGGGAAUUCUGGGGACGGACCAGCUUUUAUUCUUCCCGUACACAAACACGCACAAUCUUCCUGUCUGACUUGAAGUCUGUUUGUAGCUGUAGCUCUGUUGAUGCUCCUGUAGUUGCUGUCGGGAGACGUUGCUCAGAGAGUUGAGCGACAACCACUUCUUGUUGUGAUCAUUCUGUUGUAAAUCAGUCAACCUGGCGCUCAUCAAGUUGAAUUCUGUGUGUUGACUGAAAGGUUGUCAGAGGCCUGCAUCAUUAAUCUGAUUUCUUUGGGUCAUCUGGUUUUAACUUCAGUGGUGAUGUUGAUGAUGAUGGUUUUUAUUUGGCACCUUUAGCUCAGAGUUUACUCAACCAGCUUUGAUUCACACAUAUUUAUGUGCACGAGCAGGAGGUCUUGGUGAUGAUAUGACAUGAAACUGUGAUACACAUAUAUACAUUUUAUAUUAUUUACAGCCAGAGAUUUCAAGUUGAGGUGUUUAAAGCAAUGCUACAGGAGUUGUGGGAUUUAUUGAAAAGGCAUUUAAAUAUGUUCAGUAUUUUCACACGAUCAGAAGAGACAUCUUUGCUUUUUUGUCUCAUGAUGAACAAAUAAUAAUAAUAAUAUUAUGUGCUAACACCUUUAUUCAGAUUGUUUUUACAUAUGUCAAGAACUACAAGACCUAAAGAAAAGUGUUAUAUUUAAUCGCAAUCACAUUUAAUCAUCAUCAUGUCAGUGUAACAUCCAAUCAAACAGGUUUAGCAGCUGCAUUUUGAGGCAGUGAUUUCACCCCAGCAGCUCGUCUCUAAGAUGAUGAAGAUAACUUCAGUCCCUCACAUACUCACUGCCGUGUGUCUGACAUUGAUCCGGAGACUCUGAACAUAAAAACAAACUGAUGGAAUCCCUUGAUAAAUGUCUGGGAGGAUUUAAAUUAUUUGUGUUCCUUGAUGUUGUCAGCUGAGCCUCUCACUUAUACUCAUAGACUCCAUUACUGUUACUCUCAUCAUUUAUAUUGUUACUCAAUAAACUGCUGCUUCUUGGUUAUGCAAUAAAA